AUGGUAUCGGACCCUAGCACAAGCCUUAACGGAUGUCGUGUGGCCCUACUCUCAUGCGGACAAUUUGAUCCACCCUCAUAUGCUCACUUACGGAUGUUCGAGCGAUCUCGGGACUUUCUAGUCCGAACUAUGGGCUGCAAAGUAGUCGAGGGGAUCAUGAGCGUCUCAGCAGACUCGCCAACGACUUGCACACCUGCUAAGCAUCGAUUAAGAAUGGUCGAAACGGCUGUGAGAAGAAACUUCUGGAUACGUGCUGGAGAUUUUGAGUGCAGUCAACGAACACCUGUACGACAAAUAGCCGUCUUGAAGCACUAUCAAAAGAAGUUAUCACAAAAACAUGAUGAACCUAUUCGGGUCCUAUACGUAUGUGGAAGUGAGGUACUCGAUGAACUGGUCUCUAUUAAACCGAAUACGCCACCACUUUGGACUCACAAUGAGAUCAGGGAGCUUCUCCAACGACACGGUUUAAUUGUGCUGAAACGUGGUCGAACACACCCCUCACAAACAAUCUACCUCACGGAUAUUCUCAGACAAUAUCAGAAAAACAUUUACGUAAUCGAAGAUGAAACAUUCCCGAACGAUCUCCGUUGUUCUCGGAUCAGGACCGCGCUACGACGUGGCGAAUCCGUCAAAUACUGUUUGGAUGAUGAUGUUAUAGAGUAUAUAAUUGAAAAUAAUCUGUACAGAACGUCGCCCGUAAACACAACCACAAUUCAUCAACAUCAACAGUUACACAAAUUUAGGGACUAUGAUUAUGACCAGUGCGUUUCUGGUAUAUCUACGGCGUCUGCUCCAAAUUUGAGCACCUCAUGCAGAGCUGGAAGGAGCACCGAUGAAGUCCCACCCGAACCGCCUCAACGAAGUAGUUCCGAAAAGCUUAGUGAAAAAUACAAAAGCAGUAUGAUCCCUCCUGCGGAAUGGCGGACACCGCCUACAUCUCAGCCGUCUUCUUCGGAAAGCUGUAGCAGUAGUCGAGAGACUUCGGAACCUCGCCAACUGCCACUGAAAUCUUCCUGUCAUUCGGUUCGCGACCCUUCGACCAGUGAACGAUACUCUGUAAAAUGGUCUGAUGCCCUGGAUCCAUUCGAAAAAGCCUCCAAACAUGAACCAGUCGAAGAGGAUUAUGCUCCGAUUCGAAAGCCCUCCAACCCGGAUCAGGAUCCGAAUCAACUGACUGUGAUUGUGCCUGCGAAAGAGACCGUAACGGCCACUUUUUCCUUGCAGCCAAGAACGAAUGAACAGAAGGAUGACGGUUUGGAAGGUAUUCCACCCGAGUUACCCAAAGCGGCAUUCAUGAAGCCGAUCCUCAGUCAGCCACAACCAGCUGCCGAUUCGCCGUUGUUCAAUGAGACUACCACCACCGACUGCGAUGCAAUUCCAAACUGUGUCAUUUCUUCCGUGACGACAGAGGCAUGUCGUGAAACGCUGCGCACGUUCACAGACAGUCCAUCGUACGAUAAUGUGACAUUGGACGAUCUGCUGGCUGCCAGCACCUCAUGGGCUGAAUAUCUCCACAAGGAAAGCGAGCGAAUAGAUGGAUUAAAAAAUGAUGACAGCAAAGAUUCUGCGGUACCGAAUGAUCCACCUCCAACCAAGAACACUUCACCUUCAGGCAAGAACCAUUCUGCAAGCAAAGCCACCACGUCUUCUGCAGAAAAACCUCCCCACAAGGAAAAAGAGAAGAAAAAAGGAGGAUGGUUUUUCAAUCGAAGUAAAAGCAUGAAAGACCUCAAACCUCAAAAAGAAGACGAGACGUUGAUUCGGAUAUGUGCCACGGACAGACGGGAACAACCACAAACAUCACCAGAAAUCCUCUGGCGGAAAAUCAAUCAGACCAUCGAGAAGGAACGGUGGUCUGACUUGCCUCCGUCACCAAAACCACAGAACUACUGUCUUCGACAUCCCGAAAAACGAUUCGAUAAACAGCGGAAGGAAGCGGUCAACUCGAAGAGCAUUCGUUUUGAUGUGACUAAAUCGGCCGAGAAUAUUCGACACGUCGAUGCUCGCCCACAGACAAAUGGACGAGUUGCUACGGGAGAGAAACCUUCCACCACAGCAGCUCCUCCCUCGAUGACGCAGUCAAACUAUGAAGGUGCCACACAAAGCGAAGACGGUAUCACGUUACGAUUUCGACGCUAUAAACUCUCCUCUACACCGGAAACUACUGUAUAA